AUGGCUUUCGACAUGCACGUUACGCAAAAUGAGAAUGGCAAUGAGAAAAAACGAAGACGUUGUGUCGACAAAGCUGCCGCAAACGAUAAGCGGAAUGGUUACGUGAAACAAGGAGGAUUUGCCGAGUUCAAAUAUACACGAAGAAAAGCAAAGCAGUUCUUUGAAGAAGUUCCAAUGAUACGUGCUGUUUUUACCUGCCUUUCAUACGCAUUACUUGUAGUGGUGGGGCAUUUAAGGGAGUUCUUGCGAAAGAUAGGUGUGGAUAAAAAUGAAGUCACAAGGGAAAAGGGAAACAAGGGUUUUGUUCCUUUGUAUUGCGAUUUUGAAAGCUUUUACAACCAAAAUCUUUACCGACGUGUGCGUGAUUGCUGGAAUAGACCAAUUUGCAGUACUCCUGGUGCCUGGUUCAAUGUUAUGGAAAGAGUGUCACCAGACUACAAUUGGCAUUUAAAUCUUACUGGUAAAUCAAGUCGGUGUAUUAACCUUGGGUCGUAUAACUAUCUGGGUUUUGCCGAAAACUCUGGACCUUGUGCUGAAGCUUCUCUAGAGACUUUAAUUAAAUAUGGUGCCGGAGUGUGCAGCACCAGACAGGAACUUGGCAAUCUUGAUAUCCACAUAGAAUUGGAAAAACUAGUAGCUCAAUUCUUAGGGUUAGAGUCUGCUAUGGUAUUCGGUAUGGGCUUUGCUACUAAUGCUUUGAAUAUCCCAGCCCUUCUUGGCAAGGGUUGUCUUAUUCUCAGUGAUGAAUUGAACCAUUCUUCUCUGGUAUUGGGUUGCCGCCUUUCUGGUGCAUUAGUUAAAACUUUUAAGCAUGAUGAUAUGAAAAAUUUAGAAAUUCGGUUACGUCAGUCAAUAAUUAACGGCCAGCCACGUACUCAUAGACCAUGGAAAAAAAUACUUAUAAUUGUUGAAGGUGUAUACAGUAUGGAAGGUUCUAUUGCCAUUUUACCUGAAUUAGUGAGACUGAAGAAGAAAUAUAAUGCAUAUCUUUAUCUGGAUGAAGCACACAGUAUUGGAGCUUUGGGUCCAAAUGGACGAGGUGUUGUAGACUAUUAUGGGAUGGAUCCCAGGGAUGUGGAUAUAAUGAUGGGAACAUUUACAAAGAGUUUUGGAGCAGCUGGCGGGUAUAUUGCAGGUACUAAGGAAUUGAUAGCACAUUUAAAAUUUCGUUCUCACAGUUCGGUUUAUGCUACCUCUAUGUCGCCACCAGUGGCACAACAGAUUAUAUCAAGCAUGAAAAGCAUCAUGGGAUUGGAUGGAACUAAUACAGGUAGUCAACGACUUCAACGGUUAGCAUGGAAUACUCGGUAUUUCCGUCGACGAUUACAUGAAAUGGGUUUUAUUGUAUAUGGAAACGAUGACUCACCAGUGGUGCCGUUGCUGAUAUACCUGCCAUCCAAAGUCGUAGCUUUUUGUCGAGAAUGUUUGAAAAGGAAGCUUGGAGUUGUGGUGGUUGGGUUCCCAGCAACAUCAAUCAUAGGAGGGAGAGCCAGAUUUUGUAUGUCUGCCUCGCAUACCAAAGAAAUGCUUGAUACGGCCUUGGAUGUGAUCAAAGAAGUGGAAACAAUACUGCAAUUAAAAUAUUCCAAACUGCCGAUAGAGAAAAAGACAGAACUGACAGAGCAAGAUUUAGAAGAAUUACCACCUUGUACCAAUGUUUAA